AUGGCUGCCCCCCGUGUCCUCAUCUGCGCCAACCCCGAGAAGGGCCUCAUCUGGACCAAGCAGGAUGCCGCCGAGAAGCUCGCUGGCGUUGCUGAGAUUGUCGAGCUCCAGUCGGCCAACCGCGCUGCCUUCUUCGAGGACUGCAAGACCAAGUACGCCGGCGUGACCGCCGUCUACCGCCACAACGACAGUGCCAGCGCUAUUGGUUUCUUUGACAAGGAGCUCAUUGACCACUUCCCCGAGUCGGUCAAGCUCGUCGCCCACAACGGUGCCGGCUACGACCAGAUUGACGUUGCUGCCUGCACUGCCCGCGGCAUCGCCGUGACCCACACCCCUCUCGCUGUUGACUCGGCCACCGCCACUGUCGGCGCGUACCUCGCCAUCUCUGCCCUCCGCCAGUUCCACCGUGCCGAGGUCAACGUGCGCACUGGCCAGUGGAAGUCGGGUCUCAUCCCCGCCCUGGACCCCGAUGGAAAGACUGUCGGCAUCAUCGGCAUGGGCGGCAUUGGCUCGGCGCUCGCCCGCCGCCUGCUCGCCUUUGACAUGAAGGUCAUCUACUACAACCGCAACGAGGUCUCGCCCAAGCCCGACUUCCCUUGCACGUACGUUUCCAGCGUCGAGGAGCUGCUCCGCCAGUCGGACGUCGUCUCGCUCAACCUGCCGCUCAACGACAAGACCAAGAACUCGUUUGGCAAGGAGCAGUUUGCCCAGAUGAAGAAGGGCUCGAUCCUCGUCAACACUGCCCGUGGCGGUGUCGUCGUCGAGGACGACCUCAUUGCCGCCCUCGAGUCGGGCCACCUCUUCUCGGCCGGCCUCGACGUCUUCCCCGACGAGCCCAACGUCAACCCCAAGCUCGUCGCCAUGGACAACGUCACCCUCCUCCCCCACAUGGGUACCGAGACCCGCGACACCCAGCGCAAGAUGGAGCUCCUUGUCCUGGACAACAUUGCGUCGUUUGUCAAGGGUGACGGCCUCCUCACCCAGGUCGCCGAGCAGAAGAAGUAG